CCGCCCGCCGCGCUUUUUUCCGCUCUCGCGAGAACCGCGCCCUUUCUCUUCCUCGCGCACGCCGACAAGAUGCCUUCCAGGCUAAGGAAGACCCGGAAGCUGAGAGGGCACGUCAGCCACGGGCACGGCCGCGUGGGGAAACACAGGAAGCAUCCAGGAGGACGUGGUAAUGCUGGUGGUAUGCACCAUCACAGGAUUAACUUUGAUAAAUAUCACCCUGGUUACUUUGGAAAAGUAGGCAUGAGACACUAUCACUUGAAGAGAAACCAAAAGUUCUGUCCUACUGUCAACCUGGAUAAACUGUGGACGCUCGUCAGUGAACAGACCAGGCUUAAUUAUGCCAAAAAUGAGGCUGGUCUGGCCCCGGUCAUCGAUGUAGUGCGCUCGGGCUACUACAAAGUCCUGGGCAAGGGGAAGCUGCCCAAGCAGCCCGUAAUUGUGAAAGCAAAGUUCUUCAGUAGAAGAGCAGAGGAGAAGAUCAAAGAAGUUGGUGGUGCCUGUGUGCUUGUGGCAUAAAAGUUUUUGUUUUAUUCAAAUUUUUUGAAUAAAAACAAUUGGUAAAAUGAACUGACAUAC